AGAUAGUUUUGUUUAAAUUACCUUAAUUGAAGGCUAUGGUUUCCUCAAAUAAUGGGUUAACAGUUUUAACGUUAGAUGUAGACAGUCUACCAACACACAUUAGCAUAACUAGCUAGCUAGUCAGUGCUAAAGUUAGCCGUGUGCAUGAGCUGUAACUGGCUGCCUCUGUUAGCCGGCUAAUUCGAUGCUAAGUACCAUUUCAACUGGCCAUAGGAGCAUGGACGUGGCUAGCUAACGUUAGCUGUUUUGAUAUACAUUUUCUCUAAUAUUUUCCUCUUUUCAGGCAGUCAUGUCGGGAGUUAAAAGGAAAAUAGAAGGGAAUGAUCCCGAUUAUGAGGACAUUUCGCUGGUCCAAAAUAGUAAGAGAAACAAAGCUGUUGAACAUAAUGCCCGAGAAGCAGCAGUACAGAAGAUUGAAACCAUCAUCAGCGAGCAGUUUUCUUUGGAGAUGAAGAACAAAGAGCAUGAGAUAGAUGUGAUAAGUCAGCGACUCAAUGAAGCCAGGAGGAUGAUGGACAAGCUAAGGGCAUGCAUAGUGGCCAAUUACUAUGCCAAUGCUGGAAUCACGAAGCUGCCAGAGCAUGCUUCUAAGAGUGACCCUGCCGUGCUGAACCAUCCAGCCAUCCGCAAGUUUCUGGAGUCCCCAUCCCGUUCCUCUUCCCCGCUCAACCAGGGCUCUGAGACUCCUUCUCUGGCCCACUCAGAGUCCGAGUCCCUCUCGCAGCAAGGAGAGGGAGCCGAGAGGGAUGGAGAGGGAGCAUGGAGAGAGGACGGCAGCAGGCAGGAGCGCAGACCUGGACGCAAUACAGGCAAGGAUACAUUUGGUGUCCCAUUGUCCAUUGGAGCAGAGCAGAGGGUGACGUACCACACUACUGGAAACGAGGCCUCUAGGCUCUAUGCAAAGAAGACAAUCGUAGUUGGAAAUGUGUCCAAGUACAUUCCCCCAGACAAGCGGGAAGAAAAUGACCAGUCGACCCAUAAGUGGAUGGUGUAUGUCAGGGGCUCCAGGAGGGAGCCCAGUAUCGACCACUUUGUGAAGAAAGUCUGGUUCUUCUUGCAUCCAAGCUACAAACCCAAUGACCUUGUGGAAGUCAGUGAGCCUCCCUUUCAUUUAACACGUCGUGGUUGGGGUGAGUUUCCUGUGAGGAUCCAGAUCCACUUCAAAGACCCUCGCAACAAGCGUAUUGACAUCAUCCACCAACUAAAGCUGGACAGAACAUACACUGGGCUGCAGACACUUGGGGCAGAAACUGUGGUUGAUGUGGAGCUCCAUAGGAACUCUCUUGGGGAGGACUACAUCCCUCAGCCCUCUUCCUCCAAGGUGACUCACAGAGCUGCCAGCCCCAUGAUAGCUGCCUCCCUGACCCAAAGUUAUGGACGCUCCAGUUCUCCCAUCUCUCAUGAUCCCAAUGUAGACAAAGGCUUCAUAAAAGCAGAGACGGGGAGGUCUGCAGGUGGCCAUAGCUCCAGCCUCACUGCUGGUGAACGCACCCCAACCCGACCCAAAGUCGGUGACAGGAUCACUCUGGGUUCCCAUGGUAACUCGGCCUUCCAGCCCAUCACAGCAAGCUGUAAGAUUGUCCCGCAGGGACAUCCACCCAGCCCCGCUGAGUCUCCUGGGAAAUCAUUCCAGCCAAUUACCAUGAGUUGUAAAAUAGUUUCAGGUUCUCCCAUCUCCACCCCAAGCCACUCCCCGCUGCCUCGUACACCCACCACCUCCACCCCUGUCCACAGCAAGCAGAGCUCUUCGUCAGUGCUCAACAACCCUUAUAUCAUUGUUGACAAGCCAGGCCAGGUGAUCGGCAUGGCUUCCUCAUCCACCGCCUCCACAGGAAGCCCCUCUGCCAAACAGUCUGCUGCUCAAGGCACUCGCUCUCCAGCGCCCAAAGUUCACACUGGCACCUUCCUGUCCUCAGGAGUGAAGGUUAUUAUCAAGCAGGAGCCAGGGGAAGUUUCAACACAGCAGCAGCAGAUGGUUUCCACAGUAACCAGCCAGCAGCAACCUGCUGCUACACCAGCGCACCAGUUUGUCGCAGUGAAGGGAGGUCACAUGAUCUCCAUGUCGUCCCAGAAACAGGCAGGAGGGGCCACAGGGGCCACAACUAGCAAGAUGUUAGGCAUUCCUGUUAGCUCAACGCUUCAGUCUGCAGUCAAACAGGUGGCGAUCAGCAGUGGACAGAUUCUGGUUGCCAAGGGUAACCCCUCUGUCUCCAAGGUGAUGGGUGGGAAGCAGGUUUUGGCUCAGGGAGUUGCUAAAGCCAUCGUCAGUGGAGCCGGUGGCAUCUCUGGUCAGCAGGCUGCUGCCAAGGCGGCUGGUGGUUCAAGUGGCAAGAGUGGAGUGAUGGCUACUCUUCAGCUUCCAGCCAACAACCUGGCCAAUCUGGCCAAUUUGCCUCCAGGCACCAAGCUCUACCUGACCACCAACAGCAAGAACCCCUCAGGGAAGGGCAAGCUGCUUCUCAUCCCACAGGGAGCUAUCCUCCGAGCCUCCAGCGCAAGUCAGCAGUCCCAGAGCAGCUCGUCGGCAGGCGCUGGGGGCUCUCAGACGUCCUCCUCCUCCUCCUCCUCUUCCAGCAGUCUGCCUUCGAACCUCUCCUACACGUCUUAUAUCCUUAAACAGACCCCACAGGGCACGUUUCUGGUUGGCCAGCCGGCACAGGGUUCAGGAAAGCAGGGAGGUUCCAGUUCAGCAGGUCAUGCAGCAUCAUCUCCAGCAACUGUUACCCAGCAGGCCAUCCGGGUGACAGCUGGACAGAAGGCGGCCAUCUUGGCUCAGGUGGUGGGCGGCUCCCAGGGUGCGCAGGUAAAGCUGUCCGACGGCUCUGUUAAGACAGUAACGGCGGCGGCGGCAGGCCACUUGUCCAAGCCGGGGACAACCACAUUGAGGAUGACAGGCGGAGUCAUCACUGCCGCUAGCUCCACCCCCAGCUCUGUCAGCACUGCAGCAGCCGGCCAACAACAGGCUGGCGAUGCUGGGAAGUCUGCCUCUCAGCACCACUCGCUCCUGGUGGCAGCCAACCAAGCAGCAGUAAUCAGUGCCGCUAAGAGUGCCAGUGCUGCAGCUGGAGGCAGCCUGUCAAAGACAGCUGUGGCCACCUUGGUCAAGGGAGCUGGCAGCUCUGCCACAUUGACAAAAAGUGCUGCGGGUUCAACUGGAGCCGUGGUAACAGUUGCCAAAGGCAUUACCAAUAUGCCUGUCAUCAGCAUGUCAAAGGGUGCAGGGGUGGGCACUGUGGUCGGUGUGUCGAAAAGCAGCAGCACUUCAUUGGUCACCGCAGCCUCAUUAGUCAGUGGAGUGGCAGCAGGAGGAGGGAAGACGGGUGCUCUCUCAGGUAUGCUGAAGAUCCACUCUGGAGGUUCCAGCUCCCAGCAGACAGUCUUAACCAUCCCUGCCAACCAGCUGAAGCAGCUGGGGGUUGGCACUGGGUCUGGAGGGCUGCAGACCAUACUCAUGCCUGUUGGGAAGGUAGUGUCUAAAGGCCCAGUCUCCAGUACUCCUUCCUCCUCCUCCUCCUCCUCCUCUACCACCCCUGGAGCAGCUGGAGCUGGAGCCUCCCCAAGUCCUGCCAGCCAGUCGUCCCCCUCCCUUGCCCUGCCUCUGGCACAAGUGAAGACAGAGCCAGGUGCUGGCACAGCUGGUCCUUCCCCCCCGGUGACCGCUCCUGCCCCCACUUCUGUCCAUGUUGCCUCUGCAGCCACCACAGUAAAGCAGGAGCAAGGGGCAGAUAACUCUGCACACGACCUCAUCAACACCGAGCACGUAGAGACGAUGAUGCAGCUGCUGACAGCCGUGGUGAAGAAAUUCCCUUUGAUCGUGCCAGAUAAGACUGAAGACUCCCAUCCAUUCUGUGCCUCUUCAACCGAACAGUAUUAUUCCUGGAAUAUUGGCAAGCGGAGAGCAUCAGAGCUUCAGCGAGCGGUGGCAGUAAAGCGGGUCGUCCAGGAUGUGUUGGACCGCUCGCCCCGCCUGCAGGCCCUCACCCCCCCAAAGACCCGAGAGGUGGUGCAGUGGUGCCGGCAGAGGGGCUACACGCCACCUGAUCUGGAGCCCCAACGCAAGAAUGACGACGAGUCCAUCGAGGACAUCCUCACGCAGAUCGACAACGAGCCCGAGUGCCCUACGACGCUGAGUAGCUGCGAGGAGCUGGUGCUCCGGCUGGAGCAGAUGCAAGCUCUGCUGAAGACUGAGCCAGAGGAGGCAGAUGAUGAAAUAGUGGAUAUUGUCACCGUGACUCCUCCCUGCCAGAAACUAAAGGUCAAAGAGGAGGAGCAAGAGGCUGACGCGGAGCCCAAGUUCUUCCUGGGCCCCAGCGUGUCCGCCCAGUUUGUCAGCGAAACAGCUCAGCAGAUUGGGGUCACCUUCCAGCCGGUCGAGGUGGAGAAGAAUGUGUUCGCUCCAGUAGUGGAAGCCAUGAUCCUGAAGGCUACUGAACAGUUUGCCAGUGACAUCCUCAGAGAAGCUCUGGCUGGGGCCUACGCCAAAUCCCCUCAGAACAGGGCUCCAAAAGAGAUCACAGCCAUGAACAUCCACCAGGCGGUCAGUAGCGUCCCCACCUGUGACUUCCUCACCAACACACACAUGGGUUACCUGUCCAAGGACAACUGAGGCGUAACAGGAAUGGCAUUGACUUCUAAAUGACACAUACAAAGAUGUGAGGACUGUCUGAACUGCUGGUUGUGAUGGAGAGACUCUGUGAGCUGACAGCUCUGCUGUGUGAAGAUUCACACCUGGAUGUAGUCCUGUUGCCUCAGGUUGCGCAGUAAUAACUAAUGUACUGUAUUCAUUAACUUGGUCAUAGAAGGGCUCAGCUUGCUUCUCGCAGCAGCGGAAUAACAAAUGUUUCUAAUACUCUGGGUAUAUUGUAACAUUUUAGUCCUAACGUAUUGAGAGAAACGGCAUUGUGGGACUCGUGUUAUUCGAUUUUGAGAGGCUGUCGUGCUCUCGCUUACCUCAUAACAAGAUUAUUUUAAUGAUGAAGUGUUUGCAGCCAGACAGCCAGCUAGACAUCAGGGAAAUGAAGCCUGGGUGACUUACAGGGCUAAAUGAUAACAUCAGACAGCUUCAGCCUGCUGUCACAUCACCUGAACUGGAACAAGAUUCAGUUCAGCAGCGGAGGUGAACCACAGCUUUACAGCAAGCUGGAAACACUAAUCAACAUCUGGGUAUUAGAGUCUCUCGCCGUCGCGUUGAUAGCGGUGUCUGGCGGGUACUCUGGGCAACGCAAACACAGAAAAGUGUCAUUGCCAUGGCAACAAUGAUCCGUCAUUAUGAACAUCCUUUGAUGUAUUUCAGUGUUACCUGGCAGAGGUAAUUAUGGCCCUUGCAAUACGGCUGUUUUCUAAGGCUCUUAGAAGAGGUAGCUGAUUCAUGUUUGUUACUUUUAAGUUGAGAUCUUCAUCACAUCUGUUCCUUGUAUUAUGAAUUCAAGAGCAUCACUCAAUAUUUAUCUUCUCUUCUUCAUGAACCAGGUUUGAUAGCCAGUUGAAAGUGCUUUUAAGUGUUCUGUUUUACAACCGUAAUGUAUCAAUCAUGUAAUGUACACUGUGUAUAUGACCAAUAUGAAAUAGAUGGUGUUUUCAAAUCCAGUUUUAUUUUUUUAUCUGUGAACUGUAAUGCCCUCACAGUGGUGAGUGAGUGAGUGCGUGUGUGUGCAUAUGAAUUUGUGUGGAUAGUGGAUGUAGUCAUAACAAAACGGUAAAGAAUUUGAUGGGAGGUGAGUGCUCGUGUGUGUUUCGUCAGCUAAAGUCACGUUGGUAAUUCUGUCUCUUGUGGAGCUUUGCGUUAUGCUGAUAUGUGGACGAGUGUUUGGCCGGAGUGGUUGUGAUGCCUGUUCAGCCAAAUUAGUUUAGAAGACACCCAAAUGUUGUAUUUUAUUGUUCCAGUGCAAACCAAAAAAUAUAAUCAAUAUUCUUGUAAUAAACAAAGAAAAGGUCUG